AAACACAACAAAUCCUUUUUUUUUUUACAUUUCUUACCUGUGGGAGAUAAUAUUUGGCUCUUCUCUUUAGUGUUUGGUUUCAGCAUGAGGAUGGAGGGUUCGUUUCUGUCCAGCAGGGGGACACGGAGGAUGGGAACUGGUGAUGUCAGAUGUCAUUAGCAUAUUUCUGACUAUAUCUAACGCUUGCGCAAAGACGCGCCACUACUGCUGCAACGCACUGACCAGAGACCAUCCAGCCAUCAGCCAACACUUCGACUACCUGCAACAAUGAGUGACAAGCCUGACAUCUCGGAGGUGACCAACUUCGACAAGACCAAGCUGAAGAAGACGGAGACGCAGGAGAAGAAUCCCCUGCCUACAAAAGAAACCAUCGAACAGGAGAAGGCGGAGACGUCGUGAAGACCCGUCCUCUCGUCAUGCACUGUACACACUCCCCAUCCCCCCCCCCCCACUCCACUGCCCCCCCACCCCUCUUCCCGCAUUGCCUUGUUUUCAGUCACUUCUUUUUAGCUGUAUAACUUUGUAACCGAAAUUUAAGAAAACGACGA